GCAGGCGCAGUGAUUCCCUCCUGAUCCCUUCAUACAUCCACGAGGAGGAAGGACCCCUUCAUAGAUGUGGCGCUCCCGCAUUUCAGCGCUGCUCUGCGGUCAGUUUGGCGGCUUCUCUCGGCUCCCUCUGGGUGUAGUCAGCUGCUCUCAGACCGCUGCUGGCGCUCCGCCCCGGAGGGAGUGUUUCGCGGUAAAAUCAAGUACAGGCAGCCUCCGAAACACCGAGAACAGAGUCAUGCCGUCCAACGUGGAGAUUAAAGCCAAAGUGAGCGACCCGGCCCGGUUCGCCGAGAAGGCCGCCCAGCUCAGCCAAUCAGAGGGCACGAUCAUCAGACAGCAUGACACGUUCUUCAACUGUAGCCAAGGACGACUGAAGCUGCGAGACUUCAUGAACGGGUCGGGUCAGCUGAUCUUCUACGAGCGUCCGGACACCGAUGGACCCAAACUGUCCCGUUACUCCAUCAGUCCAACCAACGACCCGUCCAGUCUCCGGGCCGUGCUGUCAGACGCCCUCGAGGUUAAAGGUGAAGUGCGGAAGGAGCGACGACUGUUUCUGAUUGGUCAGACCAGAGUUCACCUGGACGCAGUGGAGGGACUGGGAAACUACAUGGAGCUGGAGGUGGUGAUGCGUCCAGAGCAGACUGUUGAAGAGGGACAGCAGGUGGCUGAGGAUCUGAUGGAGAAGCUGGGUGUUUCAAAGGAGAGUCUGGUGACUGGAGCGUACAUGGACCUGUUACUGAAGGGACACAAAGAGAUUUAAAACAAACGCACAUCUGGAACAGAGAGCAGAAUGUAGUAGUCAGAGUAAAACAAUGAAAAUACCAAAAUAACAGACUAAACUCUCUAGUAUCGUAACAUCGUACAUGUUGUCAGAAAACCCUGUAACCAGAAUAAUGUGUAGUAAUUACACUGUAAUCAGAUUACAGUAAUCAGAGUACCGAUUAUAAUAGAUUAUAUAAUAGAUCUGUUAACUUUGUAUUUAGUUUCUAUGAAAUAUUUCAUUAAUAUUCUCUGUAUGUUUUGAAUGUGAUAAAUUGAUGACAGGAGACAUUUUGAAAAAGUCUUUUUUUUUUUUUUCCUAAAUAAAUGAACUCGGUGUUCAAACAGC